ACUGCCUUUCUACAUAAGGGCAUGUAACUCUUGAGUUUUGGCCUUUUCCGGCACUGUCAAAUUAACCGAAAUUUUCUCCAACUCUCAGCUUUAUUAAAUCUGCGUUAUUUAGAAAAUUUCAGCGGAAUUUUCGUUCACAUUUUGUCGUUUUGGGGUUACUAUGCUAUCAGAAAUUACCGCUAUGAAUAUUGAGAUAGAGAAGACUGAGCAGGAAGCUACAAGCGUCGAAGAAUAUCCACCGGAAUUACUCAUUAAACAUCCUCUCCAAAAUACAUGGACACUGUGGUACUAUGAGACUGAUAGAAACAAAAGUUGGAAAGAAAGCCAACGUGAAAUCAUCAGUUUUGAUACAGCCGAAGAUUUUUGGAGUUUAUACAAUCACAUAAAACCGGCGUCUGAGUUGAAACAUGGGAGCGACUACAGUUUGUUCAAACAAGGGAUCCAACCUAUGUGGGAGGAUGAUGCGAACAAGCGCGGAGGUAGAUGGCUACUGCAGUUGGAAAAGAAGCAGAGAAACACGGAUCUCGAUCACUUUUGGCUCGAAAUAUUAUUGUGCAUGAUAGGCGAAGCAUUCAACGGUUACUCCGAUGAUAUUUGUGGAGCAGUAGUUAAUGUACGGACCAAGGGUGAUAAAUUAGGUAUCUGGACAGCCGAUACUAGUAGAUCCCAAAGCGUUAUAGAAAUUGGACGCAAAUUGAAGGAACGUUUGAGGAUUGCCUCCAAGGUUACAAUAGGCUAUCAGGCGCAUAAUGACACCAUGGUGAAAUCGGGAAGUAGUACGAAAAAUAUUUAUCAAGUUUAACACUUGGUCGUACAUUUUCAUCCGAUCUUAUUUAACACUAUUCAUUAUCAUCGAAGAUCGAUUUUUUUUGCUUUUUUUUUAUCUCCUCAUCGGUAACCAGAUUAAAUUUAUGAGUAACUGCUGGCAAUUAUGUGGCAAGACGUUAAAAUAUAAUAUAUAUUGUAUGCGGGACGACUUCGCGACAAAACAUGAAACAACUGAGAGAAAAAUAUUACUUUUUUUCGUUUUUUUUACACUUUGCGCCUAAUCGUGUACUCUUUUCCGAAUGUUUCGGGUGUUGGAUUACAUGGUUGUUUUUUUUUCUUUUUUUUUCAUCGAGAUAUGUUCAACAUGUAUUACAAAUGGAAUUUUUCAUUCAUCUAUUAUGCAUAAGUACUGAGUGCAAAGUAAAAAAGCGAGGGAGAAGUGAAGGAGUGAGAAUUGAAUAAAAUAAAAAAAUAUCAACGUGUAUAAAAUAUAAUACUUAUAGUUUCACGAAAAAAACGUGCGGGCUGCUCUAAUAAUUUCAUGUUGUGUUUCUACUUUAUGGGCAUACCGUUAAGGGUGUUUCAUGAUAAUUUGUACGUUUUCUCGCAUUUUCAUAAAUAAACGUAUACGAUACAUGAAAAAA